AGUGCCCUGCAAGCGUGGGAGGGGAGGGUCUGCAAUGUGCCAAGGGGCUGGCUGGUCACCCCUGCCCUACAGCAGUCUGUGCACCCCAGUGCUGGCAGAAACCUUCCCCCUGCCUGGCACGGCCCCACUGUGACCACACCAUGAGCUCGGGAUGCACAGAACCCCCCCAGCUGCCAAAAUAAAGCUUGGACCCCCAUGCUGUGCCUCUCCCUGUAGAGCUGCUGCCAGGGACAGAGAAGGAAACCUUCUCCCAUGAAGGGUAAAAUCCAGUCCCUCUCAGCCAGUGCUCUGGGCUUUUCUGUCCCGUGUAACCCAGCUGUGCCACUGCUGGCAUACACACGUGAAAGCUAAGCAGCAAAGGCACUGCACACUUCCUAACUGCAUAAAUGCAUUAAACAGCCAGGCAUUGUCCUGUUACUGACAAUAUCGCGACCCACUGUGUGCCAGGGGAAUGCUCAUGGGUGUGAAUUCGUCGCCGUGCCACUGGCCCACAGCAGUACACACGUACACACCUGUGUGUAUCCACAGGAAGACAGCCUCGCUCAGGGUGUGGGACACCGGAGCAGGUCACAGGGUCACAGUUCAGUGCCACCUUCGUCACCUGCACACAGCCCCUCCAGAAGAUGGUUGGGUGGGAUGGGUAUCCAGAGUGGUGUCAGGAGUCUUGGCCACCACACAUCUGGGCUGGCAUGACCGCCAACCACCUGAGCAUCCUCCUAGUUUGUUUUCCAUGCUGAAAUCUGGAGCACAGCCACAUCUCUGCCCUGCCCAGCAAGUCCUGGAGCAGUGCCAGCAUCAUCAGGUGCUUACAGAAUCUAAUGAGCCUCCUGGGGAGGGCAAACACGGACAGGGGGAGUGGCAGAAUGGUGGGGGGAACCUGUAGAUCGUGUCUAGAAGAAACACAUCUUAUGAAACCCUAGCUGCCCUUGGCCACCCACAGGAAGCACAGGGACAGUCACUCCCAAACUGAGCAGCACUGUGCAUCCUCCCUGGUGUAGCCCGCCAGGCUCUGCAACCUGCUCAGUGCCACAGCUUCUCCAGAAUCCCUGCCAACACCAGAACGUGGGACAUGGCUGCCCAGAGAGUAGCCAUCAUUGGUGCCGGUGCCUCUGGCCUGUGUGCCCUGAAAUGCUGCCUGGAUGAGGGGCUGGAGCCCACCUGCUUUGAGAGGAGCAAGGACAUCGGGGGCCUCUGGCGCUUCGAGGAGGACCCUGAGGACGGCCGUGCCAGCAUCUACCGCUCCGUCAUCAUCAACACCUCCAAGGAGAUGAUGUGCUUCAGUGACUUCCCCAUCCCCGAGGACUUCCCCAACUACAUGCACAACUCCAAGAUCAUGGAGUACUUCCGCAUGUACGCCCAGCACUUUGACCUGCUCCGCCACAUCCGCUUCAGGACCAGCGUGUGCCGCGUGUCCAAGCGCCCCGACUUUGCUGCCACGGGCCAGUGGGAGGUGGUGACGGAGAGCGAGGGGAAGCAGGAGGCGGCUGUCUUCAACGCCGUGCUGGUGUGCAGCGGGCACCACACUGACCCACAUCUCCCACUGAACACCUUCCCAGGGCUGAAAAAGUUUGAGGGCUGGUACCUGCACAGCCGGGACUACAAGAGCCCACAGCCCUUUUUGGGAAAGCGGGUGGUCGUGGUUGGCAUCGGGAAUUCAGGCGUCGAUAUCGCAGUGGAGCUGAGCCAAACAGCCAAACAGGUUUUCCUCAGCACCAAGCGUGGGACCUGGGUGCUACACCGGGUGGCGGACAGCGGGUACCCCUUUGACUUCAGCAACAUCAGCCGCUUCAAGCAGCUCCACCUGAGCCUGCUGCCUCAAAACAUCACCAAUUCUUUCAUGGAGAGGAAGCUGAACGCCCGCUUUGACCACACACUCUACGGCCUCAAGCCCCAGCACAGGAUCUUUGACCAGCACCCGACCGUCAACGACGACCUGCCCAACCGCAUCAUUUCGGGCAGGGUGCGGGUGAAGCCGAACAUCCAGGAGUUCACGGAGACAUCGGCCAUCUUUGAGGAUGGCACCAGGGAAGACAUUGAUGUCGUCGUCUUCGCCACGGGAUACAGCUUCUCCUUCCCAUUCCUCGAGGGGUGCGUGAAGGUGGUGGAGAACCAGAUCCCCCUCUACAAAUUCAUGUUCCCCCCUGAGCUGGAAAAGCCAACGCUGGCUUUCAUUGGCCUCAUCCAGCCCCUGGGUGCCAUCAUGCCCAUCUCCGAGCUCCAGUGUCGCUGGGCCACACAAGUUUUCAAGGGGCUGAAGGACCUGCCGCCACUUGCCAACAUGCUGGCUGAGAUCACACGGACCAAGGACCAAAUGGCCAAGCGGUACGUGAAGAGCCAGCGGCACACCAUCCAGGUGGAUUACAUCCCCUACAUGGAUGAGCUCGCCUGCCAGCUGGGGGUCAAGCCCAACCUGCUCACCCUGUUCCUCACGGACCCCAAGCUGGCUCUGGAGGUGGCCUUCGGUCCCUGCACGCCGUACCAGUACCGGCUGCGGGGCCCGGGUGCGUGGGCGGGUGCCAGGGAGGCCAUCCUGACCCAGCGGCAGCGUGUGGUCAGAGCCCUGCAGCCCCGGGGCAGCGCCCGCCCCGGCGCCCUGCCCCGCAUCCUCACUGUCCUCUUCGGCAUCCUCGGCGUGGUUGCGGCCAUCCUCGCCUACGGCUCGCGCUCUCCUUAGCCUAAAGUGAAGGAGACAGCGGGGUCGUCCCGGCAAUCUUUUCCUUUUCCUUUGGGCAUGUGUCUGUUGCCCCUUGCUAGGUGUGCCGCCCGCGCCCGGAGGCACGGAGGGAGUCUUUCCUUGAAGGUGCAGCCCGGUCUGUCCCGUCUUCCUGCUGUGCCAGGGAUAUGCACGUCCUGGUCGCGGGCUGCUCUGAGGACGGGGAUCACUUCCCUCUCCUAAAUCCCGGCCCGGCAGCACCACAAGCUGUGUCUGCGGGUUAGGUCACGCUGAGGUGGUGGGAAACUGGGAACGCGCCUCAGGAAAAGGACAAUAAAGCUUGUCUCUAUGCCGAGGGGGACCACG